UAUGGCUCAUAGCUCAAGGAAAUACUACAGCUUACCUACCCUAUCUCACAAACAGGACAUCAAACCGUUGAACAGCAUUGUCAUCGUCAUCAGUCUCGUUCUUAGAUAUUACAUUGCCUCUCGUAAAAUCAAGACGCAUACACAAUUUAUUUUUGAUAACGUUCUUGCCGUCCGUAGACUGCCACCAUGGAAGAUCCGCCGGAAGACAUCAACUCAGCCCUGGAGUCAUUUAGAGAACAGUGGCGGGCUGAAGUGCGGGCAAAACAGUCCCAGACCAAACCUCGGAGUGAUACUCCUCCUCAAAAUACCAAGACGGGCCAGAACAACAAAACAUCAUCGCAACAACAAAAGACGUCAGAUAAGAGGAAACCACCAACCAGUCCAACGCAGCUGAAAUCCAAGGUUCAGGUUCAGGUUCGGGCUCAUGUUCAACCACCCCCAACAGCAGAAGCUUCAUCACCAUCUUCUUCUUCCAGCAAGCCUAGAAUUGCCGCGGUAGAAGAUACCCCCUCAUCCGCAUCAGCACAGACUCCAUUGCCCACAGCAGCCAAGCCUGAAAAGACUCGCUCCGCUGUAGAGCUCUACGAAGAUGCCGUCGAGCAAGAAACUCGCGGCAAUCUCGGUGAGAGCCUCAAGCUCUACCGCACCGCCUUCCGGCUGGAUCCCAAGGUCGAGCAACAGUACAAGUCAAAGCACUUUGCCGCUGCUUGGGCUCCUCAGAAGAAGCCUUCGUCUGCUGCGGCAGGAAGCUCGGCUGCUGGCGAGAAACAACAGCAGCCUGAUCGAACCGCCACUACAUCCACCUCCACCUCAACCACAACCGCUACUAAACCCCAAAGCUUAAAUGACUUGAUAAACAGCUUUGCCGGGCUAGCCAUAGAACCGGCCGCCCCACCAAUUGAGGGCAUGCCACCACCUCCUUGUCCCAUCGCCGCGCUUCCUGAUGAGGUCCUGCUGCACAUACUCCAGGACGUCACCGUAGACGACGUCGGUGACUUUGUGCGGCUCUCACAGGUCUGCAAGAGACUGGCCUUCCUGGUGGCCACCGAAGGACGCAUUUGGCGCCGCGUAUGCCUGGGGACCGAGUUCGGCUUCCUGGGCAUGCACCGCCGCUUCCAGACCAGUCUGACUUGGGAGCCAGAGAAGUUCGUCCUGGAAGAGCUUGGCAUGCUCAGGCUCGACGGGCAGUCAGAGACCACGCCUCUCGAGCAGGAACAGGGUGAGCCUGCAAUAUCAUGGGCUCUGUUGAGCUCUAAGUACGGCGGCUCCUGGCAGACCAUGUUCCGCUCGAGACCGAGAAUCAGAUUCAAUGGAUGUUACAUCAGCACUGUCAACUACAUCCGAGCCGGUCAGGCCUCGGCGAACCAAGUGACGUGGAACAGCCCUGUUCACAUUUGCACCUACUUCAGGUACCUGCGCUUUUUCCGCGAUGGUACUUGCAUCUCACUGCUGACCACCGCAGAACCCGCCGAAGUGGUGCAACACCUGACCAAGGAGUCGCUCCAACUACACCGCCAGGGUGCGUCAGGCCACCUCCCUUCAAUCGUCAUGCAGAACGCGCUCAAGGGCCGUUGGCGGCUAGGGUCCGCCGUUUCCCAACUCUUCGACGACGCAAGCAAGGCAGAGGGAGAGGGCAAGCAAGAAGAACCUCCUGAAACCGAGGAGGACCUGUUCAUCGAGACGGAGGGCAUCGGCAAGUACAUGUACCGUCUCGACCUCGCGCUCAAGACGGCAGGAAAGCUGGCCAAGAACAACAAGCUGGCCUGGAAAGGCCACUACAGCUACAACCGGCUGACCGACGACCUGGCCGAGUUCCCGCUCAAGAAUGACCGGCCCUUUAUCUUCAGUAGGGUGAAGAGAUUUGCUUAGACUAUAUGGUUUCUUCUUCUAUCCCAUGCGGUACGUUGUAGACGUUUUAUAUACCUUGUUUAGAUCCACUUUGAUGCAUGUCAUCCAAUUCAUUUUACUCUGUGAAGCC